AUGCGUUCUCCGGUCCACCCCCAACUCCCCGUCCUUCACGGCGUCCUGCCCCUUGUCUCCUUCCGCCUCGCGAUGGUGAUUGCUGGCGACCCGUGGCCAUCGCCAAAGCCCGCUGCCUCUGCGUCAAAGGUGAGCGGAAGGUCACCGCCGGUGUCUGCCUCGGGGAGUGCUGCAAUGAAGCCGCCAGUCCCCCCUGCCCCGAAGCCAGCGCCCUCUGUCGCUGGUGUCUCUGCGAGUCCGACUCCGGACCUCAUGUCAAUUGAGGUUCCGGCAUCACUCCUGCCUGCCCCGUCUCCCCCUGUUGCUGAGCCGGGCCCUUUUGCGCUCUCCGCUCCUGCUCUGCCGGCUAUCCCUGUAAAUCCUGCGGCGCCGUCUGCUGUUGCCGAUCCUGGUGUUGCGUCGCCCGUGCCUGAACUCCCUGCGGCAUCGCCCGCCGUUGAUGUCCCUGUUGCACUCGACGUGGCUGUUGGUUCGUCGCCAAUGGCGGUGUCCGCCACCACUGGCGGCCCGGGCCCGUUUGUAGCGCCAGCGGGCGCCGUCCAGGCGGCCCCUAUUGCUGCACCUGUGGGUCAGCAGCUGGGCCAACGCUCCUCCCGCCCGCAUUCUCCUGCGCCUCGUGAGGAGCGGGAGUCGUUGCGGCGCCGUCGUGAUUCUCCACGGCGUAACUGUUCGCAGGCGAACUGGCAUGCGCAACGUGGCGGUCGUGGGGGGUGGGCGGGAGGUCGCGGUUAUGGCGGCGGCGUGGCGUAUGUUCAGCCGAUCUCCCUUGCGGACGUGCAGCGUGUUGUCUCGGCAGCGAUACGCGAGAAGAGGGCAGUGCAGCGCCUUGCUCCUGCUCCAGCGGCUCCUCCUCCGGCCACUCGUCAUGUGGCUGCGGCUCCGCCACCUCAGGCUGUUGCCCCGGCUCCCCUUGUCCCUGCUCUGACUCCCUCCGUCCCUGCCGCAUCUGCUACCGCACGUGAUCGCCGCUUGCGGCUACCGUGGGUUCCUCCAGUGGCGGGACUGGAAUUUGUGACUGCGGCAGGUGGAGCGGUGACGGCACAGUACCCGCCUCUGCUGCCUGCUGAUCCCGUUCCCCCAUCUGCUCUCGAUGCACCGAUCCUCCCGACCUUGCCUGGGCCUCCUCGCAUGGCUGAGGGGAAUUCCCUGGAUGGAGGCCCUCGGGAUGAGUGCCUCGAUGCGGCGGAUCGGCUCGUCGAGCUCCUGGCGCCCGUGCUGGCUGCGCCCACACGGGGUGUAAUUGCGGGUGUUGGGCAGCUUGGAACGGCUGUCCGUGGGUUGAAGCGGGUCCUGCGCGCUGGUACUGGAGACGAAGUGAUCGGCGCAAGCGCGGCGGUGGUGCGGGAGCUUCACCGUUCUCAGACUAGGCUUCUUGCAGUUCAUGACGCGGAUCAAUACUAG